AUGCUCGCCUCCGUCAUCAGUUCUGGAGCCAUCUUGGCCAUGCUACAGGUUCUCCCUGCUGUCGCCAUGCCAACCAUUUCCAACAUGGAUGCUUCGCCCAUUCCUGGCUACGGCAUCGAGGUGCUCGUUUGGGAGGUUGAAACCACUCCCGGAGGUCCUACCGUCGAUGUCGCUGGCACCGUCCAGAACGUCUACGAGGAACUGGAGAAAAUCAACCCGAGCUUUGUCUCUGAUUUCGGCCUUGGCGACUCUGACAACAGCACUUCCCUCGCUGCACCCGUCGCGUCUCGCGGAUACUCCAUCGAGUCGAUUCAUUGCGAUUGGGGCGGUGACUAUGCUACUGGGCAAACCAUCCUCGAGGGGAUUAAGUACCUGAGGGGCGUCCCUGGCCAGCCAAAGGGCGGCCCAGGCCCAGGAAACUGUGCUCGGGUCAGCUGUUCAUACAACUCAGCCAUUUACUGGUGCAACGAUAGCACCUAUACCAAGAUACUUGACUCUUUCGGUUCCAUCGCAUGGGCUGCCGAGUCCCUCGUCGGCAGUUGUGGCGGUGGUGGACUCUGGUAUACGUUGCAGGUCAGAGGCCAAAUCUUUAUGACGGAUCACUGGAAUGUAAUUAUCAGGAAGGACAAGUGUUAA